GUAUCUAAUAUCGAGUGUCUUAAUGGCUGUUCCCUGUUAUUUUUUGCCUGGCUGUGGUGACAGGUCACCUAUGUGUCACCUCUAGUGUCCAGUGAUGGAAGACCAGUGGCCGGUGCCAGCCCAUGAGGCCUGCCAAGGUGAAGACAAGUGUCCAACAGAACCAAUCUCAGAGCCAGAGCUCCAGGAAGAACGACUCAAGCUGGAGGAAGAGAGGUUCAAGCAAGAGGAGGCACUAGAAGAGAGAGUCUCCACUGUGAGGCCCAGUCAUGGUUCAAAGAGGAAGCUGGUCAGCCUACCAGGACCUACCCACCAAGCCCAUCCUAGGGCUGAAGCUGAGCUGCCACAGGGGCUGCCACUGCACAGGGAGGAGCCAGAGGGUAGCCAGAGUGAGCCUUCACCAACUGCCAAACAGCACAAGAAAGCCAAAAAGCGCAGGAGUCUGGGGGCCCCAGUGCUCCCAGCUAUGGCCGGCACAGUGUCUGCACCCUCAGAGACCUUGCGGCAAGAGCGAAAGGCACAGCGCCUGCGACCCCUGUAUCAGUACAUCAACUAUUGCAAUCCUGAGCUGAACCAGGCAGGGGAGGGGGACAGGGAAGCUGAAGCUGUGGUGCAGACUGAGUUGGAGUUGGCUCCGGAGGAGGCAGGCGUGGAGCAACUGCAGGCCUUGCCCCCUAUGGCAGAACAAGUGACUGUUCCCUCCACACUGGUGGCUCACCUUCUCUCAAGCCUGAACCACAGCAGCAGUCUAUGAGCCUAGGCCCCCAGGUAGAGGAGGCAGUUGGGUGACUGUCCCAACUUGGGACCUUGGACUUGAUGAAAAUAAACAUUUUUCUUUUGCUUAAUCACUUUGUGAUUCUCCAAGUAAGAUUCAAAGGGGGAGAGACUGGGAAGAAGGGUGCAGGGUUUGAAGCCUGACCAUCAUCUGAAUCACCCAGGAACGUGACAAUAGAGAUUCCUGCAUCCUGCCCCAAGCCUAAUCAGAGCCUGAACAGGCGGCGCCAGGGUCUGUGCAUGCAGAGGCUCCUCAGAUGAACCCUAAGGGCAGACAGGUAACAGUGCAGAUUGAGAGGGAAGUGCUAAGGAGAAUCUUGGGGCAGAGAAAGGAAAGGGACUGUCAGGUCAUGGGAAACAGGUGCUUGGCCUUGUUCCCUUUCUUCCAGGGAAGAACCCUGAAUUUGGUCUGACCUCAAGGGGACCAACAGUUGGGAGCCCCUCUGAGUUGGUAAAGUUCAUUUGCCUGUCCCAGAGUGGCAACGUUGGAAUACUCUCCACUUAUUGCCAGACCACAGCUGGACCAGACUAGGCCUCAAGAGUGGCCCCUGGUGACAGAACCUUCAGUGCCUUUUCCUGGCAGGCAGAAGGUGGUUGUGAGGUGAACGUUCUCCCAGUAUCCCUGUGGCCAAGCAACCAGAUGACCGUUGCUUCUUACCCCCAGGGCUCUCUGGGAAGAGACCACCAAUUUUGGAAACCCUCAUAUCCUGCU